UUUCCGAGAGACUUAUCAAAAACAAAAUAAUUUUGAACCAGGAAGUGAAUUUUAGAAGAGGAAGUCGUUACUCCGCGUCAAAGGUUUAAUUACCCUUAAAAAAUCUGGAGUCAUGGAAUAACAGUUACUCAGUUCGAUUAUUGGAAGGAGACAACUGUGCAAGAUGAAUAAACCUCGAAGACAGCUGCCGAUUCCUGAUGGGGAUGCACCGAAGUCUGGGAGGCCACCCCCGCCAACACCCUCCUCUGAUGAUGACGCCCCUCCACCUGUCCCUGGGAGACGACCACCACCCCCAGUCCCUGAACCGGAAAAGCCACCUCCCAGAGAUCCCUUAGAACAUUCAGACUCAUCGUAUGAGUCAGAUUCAGACUUUGAUGCUGAUUCUGAUGAAAGUUAUGAGAAAAUGCGGGAUAAAUUAUCUCCCCCUGCUAUUCCAAAUCGAGGCUAUCGACAACAAACGGAAGACCUCCAUUCGCCAAUGUUCAAGCAGCGAUCCUCCAGACCUCCGCCCCCUGGGCGAUCACAUGACUCCUCACGCCCACCGCCACCAGGAAGAAUGCUUCCAAAUCUCCCACCAAUUUCAGCUGGAAAAAGAGAGGUUCCACAACCUCCUGCCAAGCCUGAUGACCAGGAAGUAUAUGACGAUGGAGAGGCAGGCGACAUUUAUGACGAGGAAGUGGGUAUCGGUCCGGAAGAUGUAUAUGAUGAUGGGGAGAUAGGGCAGGAGGUGUACAAUGAGUUGGAGGAGGAUAUGCCGCCCCCAAUUCCAGCUGCCCCAAGGAGAAAUCUACCACCCCCACCCCCUCAGACAGGAAGACCACUGCCACCUCCUGUGCAGGACGAUGUCUAUGAGGUGGAGCCUGAGCCUGAUCCAAUUCGCCCACAGACUACCCCUGAGGAAUCAGGGGAGAGUAUCUACGAAAUGGAACCAGUGGUCUCUGACCAACCAUCCAAACCACCCCCUCAGCUUCCAAACAGGCCUGCAGUGGCCCCUCCCCCUCAAGAAACAUACGAAAUUCAGGAUGAUGAGCAAGAAAACUACGACGAAUUUGAUGUUGCAGAUCAACAGGAAACUUACGAUGAAUUUGAACAAGGUUCCGGGGAGGUUUAUGAGGAUUUGGAUGAGAACGAAACUCCCAAGCCUCCCGGGAGAUCUGUUCCCCCACCUCCUCCAGUGCCAGCAAUGUUGUCUCACAAACCAACUCCACCUCCUCCAAAAAGUAAAGCUCCUCCUGCUUCCAAACCGGCCCCUAAACCCCCGAUUGGUGGAGGACCGGGAGGAAUUGAUCUCAGUGCUAUAACGGCAGUCAAACUGAAAAAAGUGGGAGUACCCAAAGAUGAUCGCCCUAAAGUCACCGAAUCGGACAAAAUCUACGAUGAAGGUGGAGAUGUCAAAUCUGCGUUUGAAAAAUUUAAAAUGAAAGAAUCUAAUGUAAACCAAGUGGACUUUAGGAGUCUUCUAUCUAAACCCAAACUUUCCCCCAAAGACAUUGGAAUUAAACUCUCCUCAGCAAAUCCUGCUGCAACAACAGCACAUGUGCCGCCCGUGAGCAAAUGGGGGCAAAUCAGGAAUCAAGGUGACCAGAGUAUGCACGCCUCCUCAAACAUCUUAAAAUCACAACCCUUUGAGCCUCACAAACCAUUAGACGGUGAACACACAGUGACAUCACAAAAAUCACCCUCACCGUUACCAUUCAAACCGAAGUACAGUGACUCCCAUCAAUUACCGGAUAUUCCGACACCGACUGUGCGAUUGUCGCCACUUCCUGAUACAAUUCAGAAAAAGGAGGUACCUGUACCUCCCAGACACACCUCCCCAAACCAUGUAACUCCGCCCAUUCCUGCGGCAAGGCGGUCCCCCUCCCCAUCAAAAGAUUUGCCUCCCCCACCCCCAUCCAUCAAAUCAGUACCCGACAAACCCCCAGCUGUACCCUACACCCAGGUCAAACCAAACACAAAUGUAACCAAUGGCAACAAGCUGGGUAUCCAGGAGGAUCACAUUUCAUCCGAGGAAGAUGAGGACGAUGACAUUUAUGAUGAUGCCAUUUCUAAUCGAGACCCCCUGCUUGGUGAACCAUGGUAUUUCAAGUCGUUAAAGGACAGAAAAACCGGAGAUAAAUUAUUACGAAAAGUUGGGAAGGAUGGGACAUUUUUAAUACGAGAAAGUACAAAACAAGGGAAUUUCCAACCUUAUACAAUGAUGGUCCUGUAUCAAAACAGUAUCUACAACUUAAAGAUCAGAGUCAGAUCGGACGGCAAAAUGGCAUUGGGGGAGGAAAAACCAGACGAAAUGUCUUUUAUGGAUGUCCAGAAGCUGGUUAAAUAUCACCGGGAGACAGAGGUCAUCCUAGUCGGAAAUACGGGACAGCAUAAGACACUGCUUAAAUAUUCUCCGCCUCACAACUAGAUUUAAUGGACACUGGAGUGCGUAUGAUGUGUCUUGCGCAUGCAGAUUUACAUUCCAUUGCAUGAAAAAUAAUAUUGAUACAGAUUUAAUUUUUCUAUGCAUUUCUUUUUAUUUAGGUGUCGUAGUAUCGUGCUGAUAGUUUUGUUAGAUAAUUUUUGAUAAUGAAUGGCCAAUCUGAUACAUCAUUUACACUGAUCAAUGCAUUCCGUUACUUCUUCACAAAAAUGUUUUAUUACUAGGCUAAUGGUAACAUAGAAUGUUUGUGGAUCGAUGAACACUGAUGUAUUAGAGAAUAUAAUUGUGAAUUUACCAUACAUAAUACAUAUUGUCAUCUUUUUUCAGGAGUGAAUUUAGUAGAUUUAGUUAAGAUUUUGAAAGAAUUUUUUUUUUUAGAAAAUAUUAAGAAUUGUGGUUGGACAUGCUUGAAUGAUUCAAAGAAUGUUGAAGUGAUUAUGAUAUUUUUCAACAUUUAUACAGUAUAAAUCUAUUUACCGACAUGUAAAUAAAUAAAUGAGCAUAUAUAUAUAUAUAUAGAAGGUAAUUUUAAAUAUCAAUUUAUGUGUUCUCUUUGAUAUUUACUGGUCAGUCACGAAAUCUGUUGCGAGAUAUCAAGAAUUUAAAUCGUACAGUGUGAAUUUUUUUUUAUCUGUGUAAUAUUAUUUUGUACAUUCCUUUGUAAUGAUGUAGAGAGAGCAUGUGCAUAUUAAAUAUUUUUGAUAAGAUAUUUAAUUUCAAUAUACAUAUAUUGAUAUCUGUAUUAUAUAUUUUUAUAGCUAAACAUGCAGUACAUUUGCUUUAUAUAUGCAAUCUUAUACAUGUAGUUGUAAACAAUCUGCAACGAGGAAAUGUACUUUGUACAAUCGUUAGAUUUCAUGGGGGCUCAAUUUUCAUACCUGUAUCCCACGAAUUUUAAACCACAACGAAGUACAAAUUUAUUUGAUGUUUCAAUGUAUGGAAAUCAUAUCCACAAAAUUAAAUCCCAACGAAACUGUAAAAUUUUGACAAUCUCAAUAAUUGGCUGCCACGAAUUUAAAGAAUUUAUAGUGUGUUUUGAAGCAGUUAGUUAAAUCAAAUUUGAAUAUGGUCUUUUGUUUUGAAAAUAUAUGCAGGAUCCGAGUGUUGAGAUCAGAAACACAAGGGAAAUUGCUUAUAUAUUUCUACUUUCUGUUUGAUCUUUUUUAAGAUCGGAAACAUGCACGUAUAAAUAUUUAUAUUCUACUUUCUGUUCGAUCUUUUUUAAGAUCGGGAACAUGCACAUAUACAUAUUUAUAUUCUACUUUCUGUUUGAUCUUUUUUAAGAUCGGGAACAUGCACAUAUAUAAAUACUUUCUGUUUGAUCUUUUUUAUGUUUUCAAUAAACUGAAAGAUAUGUAAAUAGAUCUAGUGAAAAACAAUUAAUGGGAACAAAGUAACUUCAACGAACCAACUAUUUACAAUUUAUAUAAACAUUACCAGUAUACUAUGUGUGCAUAUUUAGAUUUAUGCUGAGUAUUAUGCAUUUAGUGCAUCGCAUAGAAAUGAAUUUAUUGAGGUGAAACCCAUUUAUUGAGGUGAAACCCACUAGACAAUUAAUGUUCAACACCUAGAAUGAUAAAAAAUAAAGUGAUUGUUAUUGUAUGUAAUGUUGACUUGUAUGUACCUCAUUCAACAUUAUUGCUGAUGUCAGCAAGAAAGCAGAAUUGUGAUAUUACACAGACACAAAAUGUCGUGAGCAUAUGUGUGUAGGUCACACUUAAUGUAAGCCUUAUGUUUAUUAAGUGAUAAACAUGCAUAGAAUAUAAGAAAUACUGUUUUAUUUUGCAUUCCAAGGGGCCAGUGAUGCUCUGACUUAAAGAUUAUGGACAAAACUACACCCAGAGAGUUAAAAAAAAACCAAAAAACUUGCUUCCUUUAAUAAAUAUCUGGGCCCGGGUUUAAUUUUGUUUACAAUCAAAUAAUUCCAUCUGCUGUUUAAAUCAAUUUUGAGUCAAGAAGCUUUCAAUCAAAAAUAUGAUAUGUAACUAUUCAGAAUUUUUUUAGUUUUGGAUCAGGAAUGGUGCCAAAUACAUAUGUUGAAUAUGAUCAAUUAAUACGAAAAUAUAACAAUUUUAACAAUCAUUUCUAGGUGGGGGGUUUUCCAUGUCUAUAGAUGGGGAACUUAAACUGUUAGAACAACUUUUUAAUUGUUAUAUCAACUAUUAAAAAAAAGUAGAAUAAUCAAAUGAAAGAAGGCUUGCACUGAACAUUUCUGAAAAAUGAUAACUACAAGUUACUAUUAACAUAUAUUGUCUAAGUUUUUUUUUUCCUUCUAGGGAAGUCCAGCAUAUUCUGGGGGUUUUGUAUAAAAAAAAUAUUUGGGAAUAAAUUUACCCAGCUCAUUAUUGAGUACAAUAUAGUGUCCAUGUGUGUGUGGCAUGUUAAUGAAUGUAGACCGGAUUUACAUGUAUUUUUUGAUGUGCAACAUUUGUGUUAAUUAUAUGCAGAACUCCUGAAUCAAUUUCAUGUUUCAGGCUUCAAUACAUUAUAAAAUAGAACAACACCUGGUGUUCUUUAGGCUCUGUUCAUUUGUGUAAUGUUUCUAAACCAAAUAUAUACUUAAAAUAUGUACAAUAAUCUUCCACCAGUAUACUUAAAGAAUAUACAUAGUUAUGUGUUUUGUUUUUGUAUUGGGUUUCUGUAAUGAUUAUGAAAAUAAAUCAUGGAAUAUUGGCCAGAGAAAAAAA